AUGGACUCGCAGCCACCGAUUGUAGUUGACAAUGGUACUGGGUUCGUCAAAGUAGGUUAUGCUGGAUCUAAUUUCCCGGAACAUGUCUUCCCAUCCAUUGUCGGCCGGCCGAUAUUGCGUGCGGAAGAACGCGUCGGUGAUGCAGUGAUCAAAGACAUUAUGGUUGGGGAUGAGGCAGCAGAAGCACGGACGUAUCUCCAAAUCUCACAGCCAAUGGAACAUGGUAUUAUACGAAACUGGGAAGAUAUGCGGCACUUAUGGGACUACACGUUCUCAACGAAACUGCGCGUCGACCCACGUGGACGUAAGAUAUUAUUGACGGAACCACCUAUGAAUCCAAAGGCGAACAGACAAAGGAUGUGCGAAGUUAUGUUCGACGAGUACGGCUUCGAGGGCGUUUACGUCGCAAUCCAGGCCGUACUCACGUUGUACGCGCAGGGUCUCACUACGGGUGUGGUCGUCGACUCCGGUGAUGGUGUUACGCAUGUCGUUCCUGUCUAUGAUGGCUUUGCGCUCCCGCAUCUGACACGACGUCUUGAUAUCGCUGGACGUGAUGUGACGAGAUAUCUUAUCAAGUUACUCCUCAUGCGUGGAUAUGCGUUCAACAGGACAGCUGAUUUCGAGACCGUACGGCAGAUCAAAGAGAAGUUCUGCUAUGUGAGCUAUGAUCUUGAUCUUGAUAUGCGGCUAGCAGAGGAGACCACGGUUCUGGUAGAAAAUUACACUUUACCAGAUGGGCGCCUAAUAAAAGUCGGACAAGAACGUUUUGAGGCACCUGAAUGCAUGUUCCAACCCCACCUUGUCGAUGUCGAGCAGCCGGGUGUUGCCGAAAUGCUCUUCCAGACAAUUCAGGCCGCGGCAGUUGAUGUACGCUCGGAGUUGUACAAACAUAUCGUACUGUCGGGUGGUUCAAGCAUGUAUCCAGGUCUACCCAGUAGGCUGGAAAAGGAGAUGAAGCAGCUCUACUUAACGCGUGUACUCGCGGGCGACCCAUCUAGGCUGAACAAAUUUAAGAUCCGAAUCGAAGAUCCCCCACGUCGGAAACACAUGGUCUUCCUUGGCGGUGCGGUCCUUGCAGAUAUCAUGAAAAAUCGCCAGGAGUUCUGGGUCACUCGUGAGGAAUGGGUUGAACAGGGUGCAAGGGCACUCGACAAGCUGCAGCGAGGCGAGAACUAG